AUGGCCGAAACGACCGAAAGGACCGAAAAAGUCGGCAGCGAGCGUACUGAUGCUCGCCGCCGUAGCUCACGAAUCUCCCGAGCUUCCUUGAGUGGUGACUGGUCCAAUCUAGACGAAUAUGGCAAGCUUGUCAAAUAUGUCUCUACCUUCAAGGACCCAAAUGCCAGCGAUGGAGAGCAAGGGGAAGUGGUUGAGAAACGAGUUUGGUAUGCUCCGUGGAAGAAACGCAAGGUCCGAGUGAGGAAGCUCGAAGGUGAAACUGGCAAUUUUCCCGAUGAAUGGAAGAUCACCGAUAUCCGUGAAGGCCUUGCAAGCGCAGAAGUCCCGUUGCGUCGUCGCCGAGCUGGGUGGAAUGAGUUGACGUCCGAGAAGGAGAAUCCUAUUGCGAAGAUUCUCUCUUACUUCCAGGGUCCAAUUCUUUAUGUUAUGGAGUUGGCUGUUUUGCUUGCCGCUGGUCUGGAAGACUGGGUCGAUUUUGGUGUGAUCAUUGGUAUUCUUUGCUUGAACGCAGCAGUGGGUUGGUAUCAAGAGAAGCAAGCUGCAGAUGUAGUUGCGAGCCUCAAAGGAGACAUCGCUCUGCGAGCUCAGGUCAUUCGUGACAGUGUUCAACAAGAGUGUCUUGCACGAGAGUUGGUCCCUGGCGAUGUCAUUGUCGGAGAAGGUCAGGUGGUACCUGCUGAUUCUCGCGUCAUCUGUGAUUUCAAGGAUUCCCAUGGCUGGGAAGAGUUCAACCAGCUUGAGGAGCAAGGCAUGCUUGGCGGAGGCUCAGAUUCUGACGAUGAAAAUGAUCCUACCAAAGGUGAGAAAGACGACACUGGUGACGGGAAGGCCAAAGAAGCAGACGGUCAUGACGAAGAUGGCGGAGAAAAGCCGGCAGCCCAGCCUCGCCGGCGCGGCUAUCCAAUCUUGGCGUGUGAUCACUCUGCCAUUACAGGCGAAUCCCUUGCUGUGGAUCGAUAUAUGGGAGAUAUGAUCUUCUAUACUACCGGGUGCAAGCGCGGAAAAGCCUACGCAGUCGUUCAAACUGGGGCGAGAACUUCCUUCGUUGGCCGCACUGCCACUAUGGUGCAAUCGGCCAAGGGUGCAGGCCACUUUGAACUUGUGAUGGAUAAUAUAGGCACAAGCUUGUUGGUACUUGUCAUGGCCUGGAUCCUCGCGGCGUGGAUUGGUGGCUUUUGGCGACACAUCCCAAUUGCAUCACCUGGCCAGCAGACAUUGCUUCACUAUACCCUGUCCUUGCUCAUUAUUGGAGUCCCUGUUGGUCUGCCGGUUGUGACAACCACUACAAUGGCUGUGGGUGCUGCGUACCUGGCGAAAAAGAAAGCCAUCGUGCAAAAGUUGACGGCGAUAGAAUCGCUAGCUGGCGUCGAUAUCCUGUGUUCGGAUAAAACUGGUACCCUGACAGCGAACAAAUUGAGCAUUCGGGAUCCGUAUGUGGCGGAAGGUGUCGAUGUCGACUGGAUGUUUGCUGUUGCAGCACUUGCUUCCUCCCAUAAUAUCGAGUCGUUGGAUCCAAUCGACAAAAUCACCGUUCUGACACUGCGCCAAUAUCCAAGGGCUCGAGAAAUUAUGCGUCGGGGUUGGAAGACCGAGAAGUUUACACCAUUUGAUCCUGUCUCCAAAAGAAUUGUGACUGUGGCAACGUGCGAUGGAAUUCGGUAUACUUGCACAAAGGGCGCUCCGAAAGCGGUACUGCAAUUAACCAGCUGUUCACAAGAGACAGCUGACUUAUACAAAGCGAAAGCGCAAGAAUUUGCGCAUCGAGGCUUCCGCUCUCUCGGCGUCGCCGUUCAAAAGGAAGGCGAGGAGUGGGCUUUGCUUGGGAUGCUGCCCAUGUUUGAUCCACCCCGUGAAGACACUGCUCAAACGAUCAGCGAAGCACAGAACCUCGGUAUCAGUGUGAAGAUGUUGACGGGUGAUGCUAUUGCCAUUGCCAAAGAGACCUGCAAGAUGCUAGCUCUGGGCACCAAGGUAUAUAACUCGGACAAGUUGAUCCAUGGUGGAUUGAGCGGGGCUAUGGCGAGCGACCUUGUCGAAAAGGCAGAUGGCUUUGCAGAGGUCUUUCCAGAGCAUAAAUACCAAGUCGUGCAAAUGUUGCAGGAGCGAGGUCAUCUCACUGCGAUGACAGGCGACGGCGUGAACGACGCACCUUCCCUCAAAAAGGCUGAUUGCGGAAUCGCCGUUGAAGGCGCUUCGGAAGCUGCUCAAUCUGCAUCAGACAUUGUCUUUCUCGAGCCUGGAUUGUCAACGAUCAUUGACUCGAUCAAGGUUGCACGCCAGAUCUUCCACCGCAUGAAGGCCUAUAUCCAAUACCGCAUUGCGCUCUGCUUGCACUUGGAGAUAUAUCUUGUGACCUCGAUGAUCAUUUUGAACGAGAGUAUCCGAGUUGAGCUGAUUGUUUUCUUGGCCUUGUUUGCAGAUCUCGCUACAGUUGCUGUUGCUUAUGACCAUGCCUCAUUUGAGCUUCGGCCCGUCGAAUGGCAACUCCCAAAGAUCUGGUUCAUUUCCAGCUUGUUGGGUGUUCUACUCGCAUUAGGUACCUGGGUGGUGCGAGGCACUAUGUUCCUAAAAUCCGGGGGUAUCAUUCAGAACUGGGGUGCCAUCCAGGAAGUUUUGUUCUUGGAAGUGGCGCUGACGGAGAACUGGUUGAUCUUUGUCACUCGUGGUGCUGACACCUGGCCAUCCAUUCACCUGGUGACUGCAAUCCUAGGUGUGGACGUCUUGGCAACGAUAUUCUGUCUGUUUGGUUGGUUCUCUAACGAGAACAUGAAGACCAAGCCCGCCGAUCAGUUCGUUGAGACCAAAAAUGGCUGGACCGACAUUGUGACUGUUGUACGCAUCUGGGGCUAUUCUCUCGGAGUGGAGAUCGUCAUCGCUCUGGUUUACUUCAUUUUGAACAAAAUACAAUGGCUGGACAACUUGGGCCGAGUUCAGCGUGACAAGGGGGAGAUCAAGAUCGAGAAUUUCCUUGCUCAUUUGUCUCGCCUGACGGUUGAAUAUGAGGAAUCCGGCGAGCCGAAAGGCCGGUUCUGUUUGGCUGCAAGCAAGGAGGAGGAAGAAGCUGAGUAA